AUGCAUAUCUGCUCCAGCGGCAAAUUCUGCAGUUCCCCCUCUCAAUCCCUGAUCUUUGGCUGGUAUCAUUUCUGUCGGGAAGAGAGUUUUGUUGGAGUCUCUUUGUCUGUUCAUAUCUAUGAUUAUCUAUCUAUCACAUUCUGUUCAUGUCUAUCAAUCUAUCACAUUCUGUUUAUGUCUAUCUAUCUAUCUCAUUCUGUUUAUGUCUAUCUAUCUAUCUAUCUAUCUAUCUCAUUCUGUUUAUGUCUAUCUAUCUAUCUAUCUAUCUAUCUAUCUCAUUCUGUUUAUGUCUAUCUAUCUAUCUAUCUAUCACAUUCUGUUUAUGUCUAUCUCAUUCUGUUUAUGUCUAUCUAUCUCAUUCUGUUUAUGUCUAUCUAUCUCAUUCUGUUUAUGUCUAUCUAUCUAUCUAUCUAUCACAUUCUGUUUAUGUCUAUCUAUCUAUCACAUUCUGUUUAUGUCUAUCUAUCUAUCUAUCUAUCUAUCUCAUUCUGUUUAUGUCUAUCUAUCUAUCUCAUUCUGUUUAUGUCUAUCUAUCUAUCUCAUUCUGUUUAUGUCUAUCUAUCUAUCACAUUCUGUUUAUGUCUAUCUAUCUAUCACAUUCUGUUUAUGUCUAUCUAUCUAUCUAUCACAUUCUGUUUAUGUCUAUCUAUCUAUCACAUUCUGUUUAUGUCUAUCUAUCUGUCUAUCUAUCUAUCUCAUUCUGUUUAUGUCUAUCUAUCUGUCUAUCUAUCUAUCUCAUUCUGUUUAUGUCUAUCUAUCUAUCUAUCUAUCUCAUUCUGUUUAUGUCUAUCUAUCUCAUCUAUCUAUCUAUCUAUCUAUCUAUCACAUUCUGUUUAUGUCUAUCUAUCUAUCUAUCACAUUCUGUUUAUCUAUCUAUCUCAUUCUGUUUAUGUCUAUCUAUCUAUCUAUCUAUCUAUCUCAUUCUGUUUAUGUCUAUCUAUCUAUCACAUUCUGUUUAUGUCUAUCUAUCUAUCUAUCUAUCUAUCUCAUUCUGUUUAUGUCUAUCUAUCUAUCACAUUCUGUUUAUGUCUAUCUAUCUAUCUAUCUAUCACAUUCUGUUUAUGUCUAUCUAUCUAUCACAUUCUGUUUAUGUCUAUCUAUCUAUCUAUCACAUUCUGUUUAUGUCUAUCUAUCUAUCAUCUGUUUAUCUAUCUAUCUAUCUCUAUCUCUGUUUAUGUCUAUCUAUCUAUCUAUCUAUCUAUCUCAUUCUGUUUAUGUCUAUCUAUCUAUCUAUCUAUCACAUUCUGUUUAUGUCUAUCACAUUCUGUUUAUGUCUAUCUAUCUAUCUAUCACAUUCUGUUUAUGUCUAUCUAUCUCAUUCUGUUUAUGUCUAUCUAUCUAUCACAUUCUGUUUAUGUCUAUCUAUCUAUCUAUCUAUCUAUCUCAUUCUGUUUAUGUCUAUCUAUCUAUCUAUCUAUCACAUUCUGUUUAUGUCUAUCUAUCUAUCACAUUCUGUUUAUGUCUAUCUAUCUGUCUAUCUAUCUAUCACAUUCUGUUUAUGUCUAUCUAUCUAUCUAUCUAUCUAUCUAUCUAUCUCAUUCUGUUUAUGUCUAUCUAUCUAUCUAUCUAUCACAUUCUGUUUAUGUCUAUCUAUCUAUCUAUCUAUCUAUCUCAUUCUGUUUAUGUCUAUCUAUCUAUCUAUCUAUCACAUUCUGUUUAUGUCUAUCUAUCUAUCACAUUCUGUUUAUGUCUAUCUAUCUAUCUAUCUCAUUCUGUUUAUGUCUAUCUAUCUAUCUAUCUAUCUCAUUCUGUUUAUGUCUAUCUAUCUAUCUAUCUAUCUCAUUCUGUUUAUGUCUAUCUAUCUAUCACAUUCUGUUUAUGUCUAUCUAUCUAUCUCAUUCUGUUUAUGUCUAUCUAUCUAUCACAUUCUGUUUAUGUCUAUCUAUCUAUCACAUUCUGUUUAUGUCUAUCUAUCUAUCUAUCUAUCUCAUUCUGUUUAUAUCUAUCUAUCUAUCACAUUCUGUUUAUGUCUAUCUAUCUAUCCAUCUAUCACAUUCUGUUUAUGUCUAUCUAUCUAUCUAUCUAUCUCAUUCUGUUUAUGUCUAUCUAUCUAUCUAUCUAUCUAUCACAUUCUGUUUAUGUCUAUCUAUCUAUCAUCUAUCUCAUUCUGUUUAUGUCUAUCUAUCUAUCACAUUCUGUUUAUGUCUAUCUAUCUAUCUAUCUAUCUAUCUAAUUCUGUUUAUGUCUAUCUAUCUAUCUAUCUAUUUAUCUAAUUAUCUGUUUAUGUCUCUCAUUCUAUCUAUCUAUCUAUCUAUCUAUCUCAUUCUGUUUAUGUCUAUCUAUCUAUCUAUCUAUCACAUUCUGUUUAUGUCUAUCAUCUAUCUAUCUAUCUAUCACAUUCUGUUUAUGUUAUCAUCUAUCUAUCUAUCUAUCUAUCUGUUUAUCUCAUUCUGUUUCAUGUUUAUCUAUCUAUCUAUCUAUCACAUUCUGUUUAUGUCUAUCUAUCUAUCUAUCUAUCUAUCUAUCUCAUUCUGUUUAUGUCUAUCUAUCUAUCUAUCUAUCACAUUCUGUUUAUGUCUAUCUAUCUAUCUAUCUAUCUAUCUAUCUCAUUCUGUUUAUGUCUAUCUAUCUAUCUAUCUAUCACAUUCUGUUUAUGUCUAUCUAUCUAUCACAUUCUGUUUAUGUCUGUCUAUCUAUCUAUCUAUCUAUCUAUCUAUCCCAUUCUGUUUAUGUCUAUCUAUCUAUCUAUCUAUCACAUUCUGUUUAUGUCUAUCUAUCUAUCUAUCUAUCUAUCUCAUUCUGUUUAUGUCUAUCUAUCUAUCUAUCUAUCUAUCUCUUUCUGUUUAUGUCUAUCUAUCUAUCUAUCUAUCUAUCACAUUCUGUUUAUGUCUAUCUAUCUAUCACAUUCUGUUUAUGUCUAUCUAUCUAUCUAUCUAUCUAUCUCAUUCUGUUUUAUCUAUCUAUUUCAUUCUGUUUAUGUCUAUCUAUCUAUCUCAUUCUGUUUUUAUCUAUCUCAUGGUUUGUUUGUUUUUGUUUCUUUCAAUCCAUUUAGUUUUAUUUGUUUCUAUCCAUCUAGGUUUGUUUCUUUUAUUCUAUCCAUCUAGUUUUCUUUUCUUUCCUUCAUUUGAUCCAUCUAGUUUUCUUUUCUUUCCUUCAUUUGAUCCAUCUAGUUUUCUUUGCUUUUCUUCAUUUGAUCCAUCUAGUUUUCUUUUUUUUCUUCAUUUGAUCCAUCUAGUUUUCUUUUCUUUCCUUCUUUCGAUCCAUCUAGUUUUCUUUGCUUUUCUUCUUUCGAUCUAUCUAGGUUUGUUCCUGCUUUCUAUCAAUUUAGAGUUCUUUCUUUCUACCUGUUUAAGUUUGUUUUUUUCUUUCUAUUCUUCUAGCUUUCUUUCUUUCUUUCCAUCUAGGUUUGCUUGUUUCUUCCUUUCUUUCUAUCCUUCUAGCUUUCUUUCUUUCUUUCUUUCUAGGUUUGCUUGUUUCUUUCUUUCUAUCCUUGUAGGUUUCUUUCCAUCUAGGUUUCUUUCUUUCUUUCCAUCUAGGUUUGCUUGUUUCUUUCUUUCUAUCCUUGUAGGUUUCUUUCUUUCUUUCCAUCUAGGUUUGCUUGUUUCUUUCUUUCCAUCUAGGCUUGCUCAUUUCUUGAUUUCUGUACAUUUAAUUUGUUUCUUUCAUUCUAUCCGUUUAGGUUUUUUUCGUUAUUUCUUUCCAUCUAAGUUUAUUUGUUUCUUUCUUUCUAUCCAUUUAGUUUUCUUUCUUUGA